AUGGAUAAUCGAAAGUACAUUGACAAUGAACUGACGGGGGAUUGGAUAUGCUCGGAUGGAAACUGCGCGAUGGUGAAUUCGGCUCAAAGGACGCACUGCCACGGAUGCAACAGAGUCAGACCCAAAAGCACAAUGAAGAAAAACCCCAAGCAGGUGCUCUUCAAAGCGAACGACUGGAAGUGUGACGACUGCGACAACAUCAAUUGGGCCAAGAGAGAAAAGUGCAACAUGUGCAGCAAGGCCAAGUUCCCAAAAAAGGGAAACGACCCCAAGUCAAAUAAGGAGGUGCGGACUGGCAAAGGUGGAGGCCACUACGACAUUCAGGGAAGCAACGAGAAGAGGGUCCAUGACUCGGACGACGAAGAGUAUGAUGAGUUUGGUCGGAAGAAGAAGAGGAAGAUAGUGGAUAAGGAUGCCAAAAAGGACAAGGAUUGGGGAGACAAUGACACGAGCAGGGACGCAAGCGGCUACAGCAACAACAGAGAGCCCUUCUGCAAAAAGGACCCGUACGGAAGUAGACACUUUAAUCACUCCCGGUCGAGGAGCUUCACGUCAAAUAAUUACCAACAGGGCGGCGGUAGAGGUAGAGGGGGAGGCGGCUACUACAAGAAUUACUACGACCGGGGGAGGCAGGACGGGGGGUACAACGCCGGUCGGUACGAUGGAGGGGGCAGAUACGACGGAGGAGGUAGGCACGAUGGAGGAGGCAGGCACGACGGAGGAGGUAGGCACGAUGGAGGAGGCAGGCACGAUGGAGGAGGCAGGCACGAUGGAGGUGGCAGAUAUUAUGGCCAAAACAGACAUGAUGACCGAAACAGACAUGAUGACCGAAGCAGAUACGAUGACCGAAGCAGGUACGAUGACCGAAGCAGGUACGAUGGAAGUAGCAGGCAUGAUGACAACCGGCAUGAUGACGGCAGCGCGCACGAGCGAAAGCCGAACUACAGCAGUGAUAGGCGGCACCCAGACAGGGCGGGCAGCUCCGGCGAGGCGGAGAAUGACAGGCGAGCCGAUGACGACCGAAGGAGGUAUAGAAGGGAUUAA